UGCGUGGUUUUUGUGCCGACGUAAAUGGGUGUAUUAACUAGACCUCAAGAGGGCAGAGGCGUGAGGCGCUGCGGACUGCAAGAGGAGAGAGAGGGAGCUGAGCCUCAGUCCUCGUUGCUGGUGACCGGGUCCAGCCGGAAUCACUCCUUAGAGCUCAAGGUGCGCAGUCUGGUCCGGCGUGAGAUCCCCUGUGCUUUCCAGGUGAAGCUGGCCACCCCGCAGCCAGGAGCGAGGAUGGAAAAGCGGGUGUUCGGGAGGUUCUUCUGUCAUUUGUCUACCUACAGACUGAUUUGGUUCUUGGCUGCAGUGACGCUAUGCAGGGCGCAAGUGGUGACCCAAGAUGAAAGAGAGCUGCUGAACACACCUGCUUCCUUACGAUGCUCUCUGGAAACUUCCCAUGAAGUCUUGAUUGUGACGUGGCAGAAAAUCAAAGCCGUAAGCCCAGAAAACAUGGCUACCUUCAGCAAGAACCAUGGUGUUGUGGUCCAGACUGCCUAUAAGGAUAAGAUAAACAUCACUGAGCUGGGACUCCAGAGCUCAACCAUUACCUUCUGGAAUACUACCUUGGAUGAUGAGGGGUGUUACAAGUGCCUCUUCAAUACUUUUGGUUCCGGGAAAAUCUCAGGAAUAGCCUGCCUCACCCUCUUUGUACAGCCCACAGUAGUCCUUAACUAUAAAUUCUUUGAAGACCACCUAAAUAUCACUUGCUCUGCCAAUGCCCGACCAGCCCCUGUGAUCUCCUGGAAGGUCUCUGGGUCAGGAAUGGACAACAGUACUGAGAUUUUCUCACACCCCAAUGGCACCACAUCUGUCACCAGUGUCCUCCAGGUCAAGGACCCCAAGAGUCAAGUGGGGAAGGAGGUGAUAUGCCAGGUGCUGCACCUGGGGACUGUGACCAGCUUCAGGCAAACUGUGAACAAAGGUUUUUGGUUUUCAGUUCCACUUUUGUUAAGUAUUGUUUCCCUGAUAAUUCUUCUGAUCUUAAUCUCAAUCUUACUAUACUGGAAACGUCGUAGGACCCAAGACCGAGAGCCCUAGAAGAGUCAUAGAACCCUGAAAGUUAUUCUGUGGUCUACUUGAAUCUGAUGAGGAGGAAAGCAGGAGAAAAGGGGUCAUUCUCCAAGAGAUCUGAAAGAGCAAAAGAGGUGGGAGUAAAAGGCCUAAAAAUGUCAAGACUUUCUCCUGCCAUCUAAGUUACCCAGUGCUUGUGCGAGUUCCAAGAGGAAAUCAUUUUACCUCUCAGGUCUGUUGUAGGACUUGAUUUUGUAAAGCAGUGCAGUGUUGUACUGUUGAAAGGAUACUGGACUUAGAAACACGGGCCACCACUUAGAGGCUGACUUUGCCUGAGACUGGUGGCAACCCUGUGUUAAUCACUAUUCAAUGAGCUUCCACAUUUGCACCCAGAAAAUUAAUAAGUAAGGCCAGAUAACUGACCAUUCUGCUCUAAACAAUUAUGUAAUUCCGGGAAAGGGGGAAUAAAGGGAAAAGAUGUGAAAAAGAGAGAAGAAAGAAGUCAAGAAGACUAAGGACCAAAGAACUUCACCGAGAUUACCAUUUGCUUUCCUGUGGAUGUUCCAUCUUUUCUUCCCCUAAUCUUAGGUCUGUUAGUCUGUUUCCUCAUCACUUGGAGUCUAGUCUACUACCUGCUUACUGCUUUGCUAAUAGCUGUUAUCUCUAGAACCCUUGGUUUCUCCGCUAUUCUUCAUGUACCUCUGUGACAUUUACCACAAUGAAAAUGGGACUGAAUUUAUUGUGAAAUAACAUUGGCAACUUUCACUUUACUUACCUAUUUUUAUAGCAGAAUAAAUAUUGCUAGUCUUAGAUAGCAGUUCACAUUUUUUAAAAAAGCAUGCAUUGCUUAUUUAUCGCAUAAUAUGACCUGGCCCCAUUUUAGUCAUUCUGAAUUCAGACUAGUAUAAUGAAAAUAUAUUAUGAAAACAGGCAUUUUGGAGGUUCAAGUGCUUUGACUCUCCUGGCUUCUUUCCCCGUGAGUUCACUUUUCACAGUAGCAGAGGAAGCAAGUAUGGGUAUACAAUUCCUUUUGUUCUAAAUAUAUCGAUUUAAUUAGUGGAACAAUUUUUGAACUUUUAAAUAUCAUAAAACCCAUUAGUGACUUUUUCAGUAUCUUUUGCUUCUUUGUCUGUAUCCCGUGUGACCUUGGAACUAAAACUUAAGUUGUUUUCAUUGUUGAAUUGGAUAUUUAUAUAUUUAGUAAGCUUUUCGGAUGUUAUUUAAUUCUGUAUUGUUUCUUAUAUUUGUAUUAAGAUGCCAAAUAAUUAAAAGUUUCAACUCUAAA